GUGCACCUUCCUAUAAAUAAUAAUCCCCGCGCUUGUUGCAAUUACGUUUUUCACUCCACCGCCGUCUCACGCGCAACAUACACUCCCAGUCAUGAGGUUCCUGGUUUUGGUCGCUUUCGUGGCUCUGGUAGCUUCUGCCGCCGCAGUGAGGCCCCGUCGCGGACUCUUCCCUUACAGCGUGCGCACCAUCCACUCGGCGUACCCCAUCAAGGUUCCUCACCCUGUCAUUGUGCCCAUUCCUCGCGCUGUGCCUGUCAAAGUGAUCGAGCACGUCCGCAUCCCCGUGCCCCGACCCGUGUACAUCAAGGAACACAAGCCGGUGGCCGUUGAGGUUCCCAGGGCCGUGCCCUACGCCAUUCCCCGCGCCGUGGGAGUCGAGGUGCCCAACCACGUCCCUGUCGAGAUUCCUCGUGCCGUGCCCUACCACGCCGAGCCCCUGUCCUUCGCCCACGGCGACAUCACGGGAGCCUACGUGCCCACAGUCCACGGACUGAAGGCCCUUUGAGCAGUUUCUCCGCACCUUCGAUCAUUUCUCAACCACAAUUUUAGAAAAUGAAAAAAAAAAAACAA